AUGCCAAGUGUUAUACCAAAUCCAUCCGACAAAGAUUCAGAACCAUUUGUCGAAACUGAUCCGACCGGAAGAUAUGGAAGAUACAACGAACUCCUAGGAUCCGGCGCUGUGAAGAAAGUAUACAGAGCAUUUGAUCUAGGAGAAGGAAUAGAAGUAGCUUGGAAUCAAGUUAAGCUCAGAAACUUCAGUAAGGACCCUGCAAUGGUGGAUAGGCUUUACUCUGAAGUGAGAUUGCUUAGAAGCCUGACGAAUAAAAACAUCAUUGCCCUUUAUAGUGUUUGGAGAGAUGAGAAUGAUAACACACUGAAUUUCAUUACUGAGGUUUGCACAAGUGGGAAUUUGAGGGAGUAUAGGAAGAAACAUAAACAUGUUUCUGUUAGGGCUUUGAAGAAGUGGUCUAAGCAGAUUCUGGAAGGGUUGAAUUAUUUGCAUGUUCAUGAUCCUUGUAUCAUUCAUAGAGACCUCAAUUGCAGUAAUGUUUUUGUCAAUGGAAAUACUGGCCAGGUUAAGAUUGGAGACUUAGGAUUGGCAGCAAUUGUGGGAAAGACCCAUUCAGCGCAUUCAGUUUUGGGGACACCAGAAUUUAUGGCACCAGAAUUAUAUGAAGAGAGCUACACAGAGAUGGUGGACAUAUACUCAUUUGGAAUGUUAGUAUUAGAGAUGGUGACACUAGAGAUUCCAUAUAGUGAAUGUGACAGUGUUGCAAAGAUAUACAAGAAGGUUUCUUCAGGUGUGAGACCACAAUCCCUAAACAAGAUUAAAGAUGCAGAGGUUAAGGCUUUCAUUGAAAAGUGUCUUGCUCAACCAAGGGCUAGACCUUCUGCUCAAGAAUUGCUCAAGGAUCCUUUCUUGGAUGUUUUAGAUGAUGAUGAAAAUGAUGAUUAUAAUUCGGAUACUUUGUGA